AUGUCUUCAGACCCCUCUGUACCCGAUGCUCGCGCUGUUGCCGAGACCAUUGACUCGAAGGACCUUGUCUUCGGUCGUACCGUAGUCCCAGUUAAGGAUCGAAACAAAGCACCCAAGAAGGGCAAGCUUGGCUUUGAAUACGCAGAGCACUGCUUCAUUGGAGACGCGAUCACUCUCACCCUCGCGAAUGGCACGAAGGUUGCCGCUUCCGACUACAAGUUCCAGCUUAAAGACCAGCUCAGUCUGACCUACGGCCAGAUCAAUGGCCUUGCUGGGGACUUUUAUGGGACCUACGACCCUAUCAGCGACGGCAAGGACGACCAGGACCGAUCUGCGCGUUUCGUGCGAGCGUACAACACCCUUGCUGAUGGCGGUCCUCGUCUGCCGAAGGAAGCAAUGGACAUUCUUGCGGAUCCCUCUGUCGUCUACGCUCAGCUUCCCGACGUGAGCUUGAAGUUGGAACUGAUAACUUUUGGUCGGAGUGGGCAUACCAGGAUACCUUGGGCUAGCGCAAAUCAACUGGGACCACUUGGAGCAGACGCGCGUACCGCGUACAAUGCUGGACAUGCGACUGCUAUUCAGAAGGCGAUCAGCGGGGAUUUGGACGGUGCGUACGCGAUGAAUGCGUUCGCUGAUCAUUUCUUGGAGGAUUCGUUCUCUGCUGGUCACCUUCGUACCCCGCGCCGACUCCUUCAUAGGAGUACGGAUAUUACAGCAGAUGCCUGUGCCAAGUUUAUGCAUGACGAGGACAACGCGAUUGGGAUAGAAGCAAGAAUCCAGGAGGUCAGUCAUGGACGUUAUUCGGUGCAAGCCUCUGCAGACGAGAUCUACAAGGCGUAUCAGACCAAGCAGGCACCGUCACCGACCAAUUACCAGGCAUGGACUUUUGCUCCCACGCUGGAGUCUGCGAAUGCCCAUCAGACACUAGCGACGCUCUUUACGUUUCAAGGACGAGAGGCGCAAGGUGAUCGAGAAUCGGAGGCUACUAGCGGCUGGUGGAACUACCCGAUUACGAUCAAUGGGUUGCAGAAUAUUAUUCCCUGGAGCUCCGUCGCUGUCACUACUCCGAAGAGCGAGCAUCUGGACGGAUUGUGGGGUGGCGGGCCCAGCAAGGAUCCCCUCUUCAACGCCGUGUUGUUUACGCCGUUGGCUGCUAUCAACUUCAAUGACGGAAAAGAGAUUCGUGUUUACUACCUCGACGAACAGUACGUCCUUCAGGAGUACUGCUACUCGGCUGAUCAAGGAAAAUGGUUCCCCGGCGAGCUGGGUAAUAUGAAGAUCCAAGCAGCUACCAAUACGUCGAUCGCAGCUAUGCAGUAUGGCGACGACCGGGGAGGUGUCUACAUUCGCGUGUACUGUCAAGAAUUGGGUUCUGGUGCCAUCAAGGAAUUCUGCAACAACGGCUAUUGGUUCAGGGGGGCGACCCUUCCAGUCGCUCUCAGUGGCUCAAGUCUCGCGGCGGUGGUCUACUCGUGGAAUGGUCUCCAGCUACGUGUCUACUAUCAGACCGAUGACCUUUCCAUCAAAGAGCAUUGCAUAAACGACAAAAGUGGUGAAUGGUUCCCAGGUAAAUUGGACUUUGGGAAAGCUCCAGGAUGCGUUCCUAUCAGCGCCAUUGGCUAUGGCACGAGUAAUGGGGGCGCCGAACUGCAUGUGUACUGGCGCAACUUGGAUAACGAGAUUGUUGGAACGAAGAACACUGGUUCCUGGGGACCUGUAAACACAGUUGUUGGAGGUCUCAAGCCUGGUACUCAGUUCGCUGCUGCUCAGUGGAGCAAUGGGAAGAAUCUGAGGCUUUACUAUCAAACUGCCGAUGAUUCUGUCCUGGAGAUGGUGAACGACAGUGGCUUCUGGGUGGGCGGAGCUACUGUCGGCAAUGUCCAUUGAGAAGAUGGCGACAUUUGCUGCGUGGGUAUGUUUUGGUUUCUGUCAGUGAAGUUUGAUUGUUUAUGAUGCAAUAGCAGAUGCGUCCUGAAUUUGUUUACCACCAAAUUCUGCUUUACUUCGCUAUCCAGAUCACAUUAUGUUCAGAACUUC